AUGCCAGGAGCCGCACCACCUAGAGAGGCCCCUAGACCUGGCCCUUACGACACAAACGCAUCUGCUCCGGUGCGAUCGCCGCCUAGGGGGCCCGCAGCAUUGAGAGCACCCCCAACUGGCCCUGCAGCAAACAGGAACAUUACAGCCCCAGUGGUUUCACCAGCUCCGCCACCUCCUGCUAGAAUUCAAACACCCACUGCGCCCCCACAGCGCUCGGGCACUACAAGUCCAACCAUUCCACCAGCUGGUCCGAGAGGUUAUGUGCCCCCUGCCAGAGGUGGUUUUGCUCCGCGUGGAGGACGCGGCGGUUGGAAUCAAGCACCGGCGAGACAAUUCUCCGGACCUUCUCCCACGCCAUCAACGCCCAACGGACCCUCAACCAUUCCCACUGGUCCACGAGUUGCUCCGCCAAAUGCACCCUUAGUGUCGACACCAACACAGUCACGGCCAUUUAAUCCUCCGACUGGACCAUCGGCACAGCAUGCUGGUGGUGCGCGGCAAACUUUGGCGCAGUCUAUGCUUGCGACACUGCCUCCUAUUAUCCCAGGUGGCAAGCUUGAUCCUUCAAUGACACCUAUCGCUUUGGGAGUGACUCGGGAGCUUGAGCCACAUUACCGGAAACUGAAGGAUGAGGAGGAGAAAGUGAGGGAUGAGCUGCAUGCAAAGCAGGAGCGGCUGCGCAAGAGUCUUUACACAUGGAAUAGGCUUGAGCGUGAUUCGCGAGCAUGGGAGAUGCGAAGCGAUCUGAGUGAAAAGAGCAUGAAAAAUCUUGCAGGUGAAGGCAUGGGAGGUGCUGCGUUCUAA